AUGAUCAAAGCGAUACUAGUUUUCAACAAUCAUGGCAAACCUCGGCUAUCUAAGUUCUAUCAAUAUUUUAAUGAAGACAUGCAGCAACAAAUCAUAAAAGAAACAUUUCAGCUGGUGUCGAAACGAGAUGACAACGUGUGCAAUUUUCUGGAGGGUGGCAGCUUGAUUGGUGGAUCGGACUACAAGCUCAUAUAUCGGCACUAUGCAACGCUUUAUUUUGUAUUUUGCGUCGACUCGUCCGAAAGCGAAUUAGGAAUACUUGAUUUGAUACAGGUGUUUGUAGAAACGUUGGACAAAUGCUUCGAAAAUGUAUGCGAGCUGGAUCUUAUUUUUCAUGCCGAUGCUGUGCACCAUAUCCUGUCGGAGCUGGUUAUGGGUGGAAUGGUGCUGCAAACAAACAUGUCCGACAUUCUUGCUCGAAUCGAGGAGCAAAACAAGCUUCAAAAGCAGGAAGCUGGAAUUUCAGCCGCACCAGCUCGUGCCGUCAGUGCAGUUAAGAGCAUGAAUCUCCCGCAACAGAUAAAGGACAUAAAGUUGCCAGAUCUACCUCAGGCAAUAAAAGAUCUGAAGUUCUGACCAAACCACAAUUUUGAUGCGUCGUUACUCACCAAAAUUUCUGCCGAUACAUCGUACAUUCCCAUAAACAGCAGUUUGGAGGGCUUCAGUUUCGAGUGCUAUCAGUCUGAGUAUGUUGGUGCCGGAUCAUCCGCAAAGGAUCGUAAUACGGGAUCUUCUCCUAGGAGGCGUUUGCGCAACAUGCAAAAACCAGCUCCAUCCGCGUUUCAACGCGAUAGGCAAAGUUCGUCAAAGAAAUCCUCGUCUGUUACCCCGAGUGCCACGCUUCUAACAAACGGUGAGAGUUUCACUGAAGAAAAUUUUUAAAAGAUGUUAUUGUUGAAAUCUAGCAGACAAACACUCUUUAUAGGGUGUAAUACUCGUGGUGCUUUUGUACGAUUGUUUCACUGUUAUAUUUCGUUAGUUCUAUCACGAAGCUUAAGAAUCCUUUAACUUACGAGAUAUACUUCAUUGAAUCAACUGAAUGCAAGCUUAAGUUCCAAAGCUCAGUGUCUACAUUUAGUUUAUAUGGAAGUAAA